AUGGAGAGCGCUUUCAAACAUAUGGGCAACCACCUGGUCUCCGACUCGGCCGACACGAUCAAUGCUGGCGAAGACGAGAGCCUUUUUGAUGGAAAUCUGGGGCGUGCUCCCCUAGGAACCGGUCCCCGCCGCCGAAACCAUGGCGAUGACGAUGACGAGACCGAGGUGUUUGACGACGAGGACCUCGAAAGCAUGGCAAGCAUGACGGUGGAUGAAGCGAAUGGCAAGAAGGCUAUGAAAGCGGAAGAAGAGGUUGAGUCGCCUCCGCAUGCCUGCGCGUAUUGCGGCAUCCAUAACCCAAGCUGUGUCGUGAAAUGCCUUACUUGCGGAAAGUGGUUUUGCAGUGCUCGCGGCAACACGUCGUCCUCACACAUUGUGAAUCAUCUAGUCCGAGCGCGUCACAAGGAAGUCCAACUCCAUCCGAACCACACUUCUCUUGGUGACACCAUUCUCGAAUGCUACAACUGUGGAACGAAGAACUCUGAUACCGUCGUGGUCCUCCUCUGCCGCCAGCCAUGUGCGUCCGCUCACUCGGCCAAGGAUAUGAACUGGGACAUUGCACGAUGGCAGCCACUCAUCGAAGACCGGUCGUUCCUGGAAUGGCUACUUCCCCUGCCAUCCGAUCAAGAACAGCUACGAGCGCGCCACCUGAGCCCGCAAAUGUAUGUGAAGCUGGAGGAGCUAUGGAAGGACAACGCGAAUGCCACGAUAAAGGAUCUUGAGAAGGGUGCCAUGGUCGACGAUGAACCCGCGCCGGUCCUCCUUCGAUACGACGAUGCCUAUCAAUACCAAAACGUGUUUGGACCUUUGGAGGCUCAGUCUCAGGAUAACUUGAUCCACUUGGCUAGCUUUGUCCUCCCCAAGCUCGAACUUGGCGACGUUAAGUUGGCUGUCGGUGAUGAAAUGCGAUUGCGUUAUACUGGCGAACUUCGACCUCACUGGGAAGGUGUGGGAUAUGUCAUCAAGAUUCCGAACAACCAGUCCGACGAGUCGGUUCCCACAGAGUGUACGCACAACUUCACUGCGGAUUAUGUAUGGAAGGCGACUUCAUUCGAUCGCAUGCAACACGCCAUGAAGACAUUCGCGGUGGACGAGAUGAGUGUUUCAGGCUACAUUUUCCAUCGUCUGCUUGGCCACGAAGUUGCAGCCGCACCUAUGAAAACCCAGCUGCCCCGGAAAUUCAGCGUUCCAGGCCUCCCCGAGCUGAAUGGAAGUCAGAUCAAUGCGGUAAAAAGCGGGCCGCCGGGUACGGGCAAGACUGUCACGUCAGCAACCGUUAUCUACCACCUGGCCAAGAUGACGUCCGGACAGGUUCUCGUUUGCGCGCCGUCCAACGUCGCCGUGGAUCAGCUUUGCGAGCGCAUCCACAUCACCGGACUGAAAGUUGUUCGGGUUACUGCGAAAUCGAGAGAAGACGUCGAAUCCUCUGUUGGCUUCCUCUCGCUCCACGAACAAGUGCGAAUGAACGAUACGAACAACGAGUUGGGCGAGCUGUCAAGCCAAGACGAAAAGAAAUUCAAGCAGCUCACUCGCGCUGCGGAGCGAGAAAUCUUGAACAGUGCCGAUGUCAUCUGCUGCACUUGUUUUAAGUUCCGAACCGUGCUCAUCGACGAGUCGACCCAAGCCGCUGAGCCUGAGUGCAUGAUUCCUCUUGUCUUAGGAUGCAAGCAGGUGGUCCUUGUUGGAGAUCACCAGCAGUUGGGCCCUGUCAUCAUGAACAAGAAAGCUGCCAAAGCCGGCCUCAACCAAUCUUUGUUUGAGCGUCUUGUCAUUCUCGGAUGCGCCCCGAUUCGCCUCCAGUUCCCUUCCAACAUGUUUUACGAGGGUUCUCUGCAGAAUGGUGUGACAAUGCAGCAGCGACUUCGACGUGAUGUCGAUUUCCCCUGGCCCGUUGCCGAUGCGCCGAUGAUGUUCUGGUCCAACCUUGGGAAUGAGGAGAUCUCAGCAUCAGGUACCUCGUACUUGAAUCGUACUGAAGCGUCGAAUGCUGGUGUCCAGCCGGCCGACAUUGGUGUCAUCACUCCAUACGAAGGACAGCGCAGCUACAUCAAGGAGAACUACAAAGAAGUUGAAGUUGCAUCCGUCGACGCUUUCCAGGGUCGUGAGAAAGACUUUGUUGUUUUGUCUUGCGUCCGCUCCAACGACCACCAAGGCAUUGGAUUUUUGUCGGAUCCCCGCCGUCUGAAUGUCGCCCUCACCCGAGCGAAAUAUGGCCUGGUGAUCCUUGGUAACCCCAAGGUGUUGUCGAAGCAUCCUCUGUGGCAUUUCCUCCUGCUUCACUUCAAAGAGCGCAACUGUCUCGUGGAAGGGCCUCUUCGCCCGAAGCAGACCUACCGUGGCCCACAACGCUAUCAAAUGGCAUACCAGAACGCCGCCUCUCACUUCGCCGGCCGUGGACACGCUCCUGCUCAAAACGGUAAACCCGCCCGCGAAUACGAUGCAGCGAGCAGCAUUGUCGGCUACAUCCCCGAUGAUGUCUCGUCCGUCCACUCAUCUGCACUGGGCGGUGUUGGUAUCGGCAAUCACAACGCCAACUUCCCACCCAUGUUCCAGAACUUCACAGAGUCCUGGCCUACACUCCCCGCCACGGCCCGCGGUGUCCCUGGGAAGAAGGUCAAUGGUCCCAUUGCUCCAGGCAGCAUCGCAGGCGACAGCGUUGCCGCUAGCGAGCUUACGGAUGUGACAACAAGUAUGCUGGACGGAAAGCAGGGCGGCGUGUCGCUCACCGGGUUGAGUCUCCAUGACUCCGGAAAGACACAGUCGCUUAGCCAGAGCGAUCGUCUGAAGCGUUACGUUGAGGCGAGCGCUCGUCCUGACGGGGGGCGUGGCCUGGGUCGUGGGUUGCCGAAUGACGAAGACGAGAUUCGGAGCCUCAGUAGCGCCUUUGCGUCCCAAAUCGGUGUCAACUCAUAUGAUUGA